CUGCCAUCAACUUCGUUCAACUACUUAUCGAUCAUCAAUUGUGGACCUUGACUUGAAAUAUCUAACAAUGGUGUUUUGCUAGUUUAAAAGCUAGCUCAGGUUUGCGUAUUCUGAUUCUCAACCCACUUUCUUUUCUAUCUGAGCCUCCUUAGACCUCAUCAUCAUGGCCGACAGUGCUGACGCCACCGUCCGUGACAAGACACCUCCCCGUAACUCUACCCUGUCUGCCGAUUUGGAGACUGGGCUCAAGUCCACACCACUCGCAGUCGGUUCCGCUGCUGUCAGCGAACAUAUCAGUACUGUUGGCGUUGAAGUCAAUGAUGUCCGCCCAUGGAUCGCGAGGGACGUCCAAAACUUUGAGAAGUGUAAGGCAGAUACGAUGCUGCAAGAACUCCUUGCAAGAUGCACAGGUCGCUCUCAAAACCUUUCUGUCAACGAGAAAUCGAAGCUACUCGAAACUGCUCUCAAUGCUGUUCUGCCUAUCUGCAAUGCGGGGGCUGUAGCGCAGGAGAUAAAGGGACACCUGACUAAUUUUUGUGAUACCAACCUCGAACCAUUGACAUAUGCUCCUUUCGUCAAAGCCGCCAACUGUGCGCUCCGUGAACUAAGCAAGGUGAAUGUAGAUGGGAUACCUGCGUUCAAGGUCGACGACAAGACCAACAUUCUACUUCAUGUCAAUGAUCCAAUGCCCAUAUACCAGGACCACCAGGACAAACAGUCCGAACGCAAGCCUGACGUUGUCGUGGUCUCUCAUCAAACUGCCCUGGGUACGAAGGCACACGAAACACAAGAAUCCCAGGUUCUUACCGAGACGGCGUGCAAAUCGCCCAAAGACAACUUUCAAUGGACCGAUGUUCGAUCGACAUUGGAGUUCAAACGCACCCGGAAGUCUCUGACCCAUCCGCCGUCCGUUUAUAAGACAGAUUAUGUCGUUCCUUCUCCUUCUGCGCAGUACAUGGAAUAUAGGAAGGACGCGAACGGCCCUGCUAAGCCAACAGGUUCAACGCCUGCUACUGGGUCUGCUCAGACCCCCCACGAAGCAUCGAAUGAGUUAAGACCCUCGUCGCAAUUGAGCAGAGGAGUCAAGCGCAAGCGAGAUGAAGAUCGGACUAAAGAGAAGGAGCCGAGAAAACCCCAUCCUGUCGUCCAGAACGGCCUCUACGUUGCAGAGAUGUUCGCGGCUCACAUCGCGCGGCAACACGUCAUCUCCUUUAUAGUGAACAACGAUUAUAUUUACAUCUGGUUCUGUGAUCGCGAAACCACGAUUCAAGGCGCUGCCAUCAACUUCGUUCAGGACCUUCCACGCUGGUUGGUCUUGCUUCUGAUCAUGCAGCGGAUGGGAUACGAGCAGUGGGGCCUCAACCGCGUGUUUGAGCCUGAGCCCGGAUUUUCGGGCAAGGUGAUGAUUGAGGAUGCCCAAAUCGACCUAGAGUUGGAUGUAAAGUCUAAGGAGCGCGUCACUCAUUUUGGUAUACGCGGACGUGCAACUACUGUGUUUCCAGUAAAGAGCGAGGCACUUUCAGGUCGGCAGCGGGACCCCUGUUUUCUGAACGAAUCCCAUGAACUGGUGGCCAAGCUCUAUUGGCCAGAAGAGACGCGUCAGAGCGAGCCAGACAUCCUCAAGGAGGUCUACAAGAUUGCACAGACAGAUCCGGAUGUGCGAGGCCACGUCCCAGAGCUGGUCUGGUUCCACAAGUUUGAAGAAACAUCCACGUCCAAAAUCAGAGUCGCACUAGGACUGAAGGACGCUGAACGGGCCGAACAGGGCAGCCGCGUCCUGUACGUAAUCGUAUUCAGAAAGCUUAUCCCAAUUACGACGCUUUCUGGCGAGGAGUUCAUUGCCGCAUGGUGGCAAGUUGUGAAUUGCCAUCGCGCCCUCUGGAAGGGAGGCGUGCUUCAUCGGGAUGUCAGCCCUAGCAAUCUUAUGGUGUACCGCUUACGCGGUCAAUUCAUAGGCGUUCUCAACGACUACGACUUAUCGUCGUUUAAAU